UUGGACAUGCUUAAACAAAACAACCUGAAAAAUGAAGAGGAACUUAAUAAAUCAAAAGAACUUCUAAAUCUGGAGAACAAGAAAGUGGAAGAACUUACAAAAGAAUUCGAAGCGCUGAAGCUGGCAGCAGCUCAGAAGUCCCAGCAGCUUGCAGCUUUGCAAGAGGAGAACGUGAAACUUGCCGAGGCGCUGGGCAGGAGCAGGGACGAAGUCACAAGUCAUCAGAAGCUGGAAGAGGAGAGAUCAGUACUCAAUAACCAGUUAUUAGAGAUGAAAAAGAGAGAAUCAACGUUAAAAAAAGAAAUUGAUGAAGAGCGAGCAUCUUUACAAAAAUCCAUCAGUGUUACUAGUGCCUUGAUCACACAAAAAGAUGAGGAACUGGAAAAACUCAGAAAUGAGAUCACGGUGCUCCGUGGAGAAAACGCUUCUGCAAAAACCUUGCAGUCGGUGGUUAAGUCACUGGAGUCUGACAAAUUGAAACUUGAGGAAAAGGUGAAGAACUUGGAGCAAAAACUCAAGGAAAACAACGAGCAGCCCUUAACUGUAACUGGCUCCGCAGGUGACAUUGCUGCUAACUUACUUCAAGAUGAAAUUGCAAAAGAGAAGCAGCACGAGAUUGACUUCCUGAAUUCAGUGAUAGUAGAUCUGCAAAGGAGAAAUGAAGAAUUGAACUUGAAAAUACAAAGAAUGUGUGAAGCAGCCCUCAAUGGCAAUGAAGAGGAGAUAAAUAACUAUGACAGUGAGGAAGAAAGCUUGUCAAAGAAGAAGCCUCGUCUCUUCUGCGAUAUCUGCGGCUGCUUUGAUCUUCAUGACACUGAAGACUGUCCAACCCAGGCACAGAUGCUGGAGGAGCCGCCCCACUCGGCUUACCACGGCAGCAGGAGAGAAGAACGCCCCUAUUGCGAUACCUGCGAGAUGUUUGGGCACUGGACGGCCGACUGCAAUGACGACGAGACCUUCUAAUGGAAUGUGCGGCUGGGAGGAUAGACUAUCUGUGCGCACUAAUUGGACGAUUUAUACCACCAGCAUUUGUGUGUGCUGAAUGUCAGGAAAAGGGACAGCGUUUCUUGACCCCCUUGCUCCCAUUCCCCUUGCCCAUCCACUCCAGAAUCAGUAAAUUGAUAAAUAUUUUGCUCCUCCACUAAUAACUACCCUAUCUCCCUUUAAUAAACUUAAGUGAAAUAUAAAUAAAUGAUUUAACAAAUGACUUUAUGCUAUUUCUUCCCAGGUUCUG